UUUAUGCACCUUUUAGCCACUACUAUAAAUUCCCCACUUUCCAAUGAAUGAAGUUCCAUCUCUUUGUUUGUGAAAAGAAAGUGAUAUUCCUCCAGCUGCGUUUCUUUCAACACCAAGAAUGAGCCAAUUUCCCCAAUUUAUCAGUGGACUAGAUUUGGCAAACUUAGUGGUCAGCGCAGAUUUGCUUCAGCUUUCAUGCGGUGCCAUAAAGGACCUACACGCAGAAACCAAUCCAAAUCAACAGUUGUCUGUAAGACACAAACUUGUCAGCCAAUCGAAUUGUACCACCAUAGCUUUUGCCACUUCACCCCUCUGCACAAAAGACCCUAUUUUACAAGGAGGAGAUUUGGUUUCAUCAUCAGCUCUCAAGGAGCAGGGGUUUCCUCUCUUUGAAUCCUUGUGCUCCAAAGGCAAUCCUUCCUUCUCCGUUCAUAGAGCUGCAAUAACCCUUUUUAAGGCCUAUUUUCAGGAGCUCUCUCUACUCAGGACUCAGAUCCAUGAUUCGAAGACUGGUGAAUUACUAUUGAACUCUCAGUUGAUUGUUACCGGACACUCUCUAGGAGGAUCAAUCGCUUCUCUCUUCACCUUAUGGCUGUUAGACAACAUCAAACGAACAUCCAACAGAAAUAAACUCCCCCUCUGCAUCACUUUUGGUUCACCCCUUUUAGGGGACCAAGGCCUCCAACGAGCCAUCUCAGAGCAUUCAAAAUGGAAUUCUUUCUUUUUACACGUUGCUGCAAACAAGGACCUAUUCCCAAGAAUUUUCACUACUUCACAACCUAGUCCUCGGUGCAAGCCUUUUGGUACAUUUUUCUUCUGUUCUGAGCUAGGAUGCAACUGUGUUGAUGAUCCUGAAGUGGUUUCAAUGUUAUUGAGAAGCACAAUAAGUCAAGUUUCCGCCGAAGAAAUGGGGAUUGAUGAUUAUAGUGGAAUUGUGAAGCGUCUGAAGUCCAGACUUAUCUUGAGAGAAGAUUCACAGCUUGGCCAACCGGUUUUACCUUCACUUCGGCUAGGGAUAAUCUUACAGCUGAAAGCAAUUGGAGUAGAAAUAACUGCCGAGCAGCAGCAGCAGAACAACAGCAUCAAUGAUCUAAUAUCAGAAUUGGAAAGCCACGAAAAUCGAAUGGCACAACAAAUGAAGGGUAUUGACGGGAUAGAAAAGCUAAACAGAGUAAAGAUAAAAAUGGCCUGCCUAGAAUGGUACAAGAAAGACUGCAAGGCUAAGGGGAUAGGUUACUAUGACAGUUACAAGAACCUGUACUUUAGUAGCGACAAUGACGUUACCAAGCACAAGAAAGUCCUCACCAAUUACUGGAGAAACUUGGUGGAGGAUGCUGAGCGAAAACCCCAGAAAGAAGGAGCAUAUAUGCGGGAGACAUGGCUUUAUGCUGGGACAAAUUAUAGAAGAAUGGUUGAACCACUUGACAUUGCCGAAUACUAUAGACAGGAAGGGAAACGAGACUACCAAACUAAUGGAAGAUCUAAACAUUAUAUUCUGCUGGAGCAAUGGCAAAAGGAGCAUACAGAAAAACUUGCAGGCGCACCAAACGACAAGAAGAAACAAAAUGUGGCUAGUAGUCUUACAGAGGAUUCUUGCUUUUGGAUGAAUGUGGAGGAGGCUCUCAUUUCUUGCAAACAGUUGAAGGAUGAAAGUAAUAUAGAGAAACAAUCAGCGAGAGAGCGUCUGAAUAUGUUUGAGCAGUAUGUGAUGGACCAAAUCAAUAACUAUGCAGUAUCUCCUGAAAUUUUCUUGGGAAAAAGCAGUUUUAUGAAUUGGUGGAAAGAUUUUCAGGAAAUCAUAGAAACAUCCCAUGAUUCUCCUCUCAGAGGCUUCAUGAAGAAUUGCAGAUAUCGCCAAUAUGAAAAGGGGCAGUUUUAGACGUUUAGCACUCAAGAUAGAAUCAAUUGUUUUACUUUCUUAUGAACUAUAUUGCACCAAAAUAAUGUGUAAUUGCUAUCAGACCAAAUAACUAAGGAAAUGAUUAUUGAGUUGCUGCAGAACUCAGACAACAAACACAAGGAUGAGUUUUUUCUUUUUGCAAAA